CUAUAAAUAACCUCCACCAAACCUAAUUUUCAAUUCAACUCCAACCAAGAUCAAGGCUUUACUUCUAGAGAGAGAAAGCUAGAGAGAGAAAGAGAGAGAAUGGGGCAAGACGACGAAACGAUGCGAAAGGGUCCGUGGACGGAACACGAAGAUUUGCAAUUGAUACUUUAUGUUCGUAUGUUCGGAGAUCGCCGAUGGGACUUCAUUGCAAAUGUUUCAGGUUUAAAACGAACUGGAAAAAGUUGCCGACUGAGAUGGGUUAAUUAUCUGCAUCCGGGUCUUAAAAGAGGAAAGAUGGCUCCUCAUGAAGAACGACUUGUUCUUGAACUUCAUUCUAAAUUUGGCAAUAGGUGGUCAAGGAUUGCAAGGAAAUUGCCUGGACGAACGGAUAACGAGAUCAAAAAUUAUUGGAGAACUCAUAUGCGGAAAAAAGCUCAAGAGAAGAAAAAGACUACGUCUCGAUCUCAAUCUCCAUCUCUCUCAUAUUGCUCUUCCUCUUCUUCGAUUUGUACCAACAAUCCUGUUGUUGAUUCCAUGCCGAUGAUUGAGACAAAAGAGAGAAGCUUUUAUGACACUGGGGGAGUCGAAAUGUUUACAAUCAUGAAAGGCAAAAACAAUAGCAAUAACAAUAGUUUCAAGACUCCUACUACUAGGUUUAGCGAAUCUACCGAUGGACAAGAGGGGCAUUACUCAAUGGAUGAAAUAUGGAAGGAUAUAGACUUAUUAGAUGAUAGUAUAAAGCCGGUUUUUGACCCCUAUAGCGAACUAACAGCUUCACUGACGUGGGAUUCUUGUCUGAGCACUUCGUGGACGAUGGAUGGCCAAGAAGAGUUUGGUAAAAGCAUGUUUUCUCUAACAAGCAAAGAAUUUAGCUCAAGAUUAACCGACUAAAUGUGUUAUUUAAUUUAUUGAUUUGGUGUUGACAGAUGCAAUAAUUAUCACUAAGGCACUCUCUAGUUAUAUCUCUUUAGAGUUUGAUCAAGGUCAAAUAUUUUUUCAAAGCUAAAAUGACCGAAAUCUGAAUAUAUGCGGUUAUUAUUUUGAAUUUGGUCAUUUUAACUUUCAAAAAACAUUUACUUGAAUAAGCAAGUUCAUAGCAAAUAAUCUUUGUGCCAAGUACUUGUUUUAUUAGAAAACCUUUGUUGUAACUCUUUAUUUAAAUAAGAAAUUAUGUUACUUUCACUAUUC